UCGAAUUCCCGGUAAUAGAUUACAUCAAAACAGAUUAUUACUUGUAUAAAGAAAAAAAAUUGGCCAAAAUAUAAACAAUAAAAAAAAUCAAUUUCCUCAGAGAUUUUUUUAAUUUCUUUUUUUGGAGCAGAUGCUUCUAUAAUUUACUCGGAGAGUAUUAUUAUUGGUUUUGCGCCACAGAAACAAAACAUAACUAUACAACAGCGUACACAGCACAGAGAGAGAAGUCAUGAGAAAGAAAAAAAGGUAGAAAAACUGAAAGCGAGAGAUAAGGAAAAGGAAAAGAAAAAGAAAAAUACGGAGUCUGAUCAUAGAGAGCGAGCGAAUUUAGCUAAGAAAACACACGCCUUGUUGAAGAGCCUUGUUCAAGUCAAAGAAACCAGGACCUUCAUAUUCAUACAUAGUUUUUUUUUCCUUUUUUGUGAUUUCAAUUAGCGGAUGCUAUAUCCGAUCUUCGGCGAUCGGAGAUGUUCGUCGGCGGUCACGGCGGUGGAGAACCUAAAUCCGGCGGUGGUGGCGGGUGAGAGAAGACACUUAGUGCGAGGUCAAGGUGGUGGUGGAGAAUGAAGAAGAGCAAGGGCAAGAACAAUGGCUUGUUGCCGAACUCACUUAGGAUCAUAUCGUCGUGCCUCAAAACUGUUUCGACGAAUGCGAGCACCGUCGCUUCUACAGUUCGCUCUGCUGGUGCGUCUGUAGCUGCUUCUAUUUCUGCUUCCGAGGAUCAAAAGGAUCAGGUAACUUGGGCUGGCUUUGGCAGGCUAGAGCUUAGUCACUCUGCCUUUAAGCAUGUUCUCUUACUUGGUUAUCAGAACGGAUUUCAAGUUUUUGAUGUAGAGGAUGCCUCUAAUUUCAGCGAACUGGUUUCAAAGCGCGAUGGCCCAGUUUCAUUCUUACAGAUGCAGCCCUCUCCUGCAGCAUCUGAUGGUAACCAAGGAUUCAGAAUGGCGCAUCCAUUGCUGCUGGUUGUUGCUGGAGACGACACCAAUGGUCCAGGGAUUGUUCAUAACACGAGCCACUUGGGAGGGAUAGGCAGGGAUAGUAAUUUGGAGUCUCGGCCAGGAAACCCUGUCGGCUCUCCUACAGCUGUUCGGUUUUAUUCCCUUAGGUCCCACGGUUAUGUGCAUGUUCUGAGAUUUCGGUCUGCUGUGUGUAUGAUUAGAUGCAGUCCUCGGAUAGUAGCUGUGGGUCUUGCAACUCAAAUUUACUGCUUUGACGCGCUCACCCUCGAAAACAAAUUCAGUGUUCUUACCUAUCCUGUUCCUCAGCUAGCCGGACAAGGAUCAAUUGGGUUUAAUGUCGGUUAUGGCCCAAUGGCUGUGGGUCCAAGGUGGUUAGCCUAUGCUUCCAACAGCCCACUAGUGUCAAACACAGGUCGCUUAGGACCCCAAAACCUCACUCCUUCUCCAGGAGUUAGUCCAUCUACAUCACCUGGCAGUGGUAGUUAUGUGGCUCGUUAUGCGAUGGAGUCUAGUAAACAUUUGGCUGCUGGAAUAAUUAACCUGGGUGACAUGGGAUGCAAAACCUUGUACAAAUACUGUCAAGAUCUGCUCCCAGAUGGAUCUAACUCUCCAAUAUCAUCAAAUUCAGGCUGGAAAGUCAGUCGGCAUGCAGGAACAGAGAUGGAUAAUGCAGGGAUGGUUGUUGUCAAAGAUUUUGUUUCCCAAGCUGUUAUAUCACAAUUUAAAGCUCAUACUAGCCCAAUAUCUGCUCUAUGUUUCGAUCCCAGUGGGACCCUUCUGGUUACAGCCUCCAUAUAUGGAAAUAACAUUAAUAUUUUCCGGAUUAUGCCUUCAAGCAAACACAGUGGAUCAGGUGGUCAGAACUUAGAUUGGAGCUCAUCUCAUGUGCACCUUUACAAGUUGCAUCGUGGAAUAACAUCAGCUAUGAUCCAGGACAUUUGCUUUAGUCAUUACAGUCAGUGGGUUGCAAUUGUUUCAUCCAAGGGGACCUGCCAUGUUUUUGUUUUAUCCCCUUUUGGUGGCGAUGCUGGAUUUCGACUUCUUAAUACUCAGGGUGAAGAACCCUCCCUAUAUCCAGUUUUAUCUCUACCUUGGUGGUCUACUUCUUCUUGCAUUUUUAAUCAACAAUCUUGUCCACCCCCAGCACCUGUUGCUCUUUCCGUUGUGAGCAGGAUAAAAUAUAGCAGUUUUGGAUGGCUUAGCCCAGUCAACAACACUGCUUCUUCUACAACAGGGAAGGUGUUUGUGCCAUCUGGUGCUGUUGCAGCUGUAUUCCAUAAUUCAUUAUCUCAAAGUCCUCGGCAGAGUAACUCAAGGACCAGUACCUUGGAGCAUCUAUUAGUUUAUACUCCAUCUGGUCAUGUAGUUCAACAUGAACUUCAGCCAAGGAUAGGGGUAGAUCAGAGUCAUAGUGGUACCCAGGCAGCUACGUCUAUGCAUAUGCAGGAGGAAGAUCUGAGAGUGAAAGUUGAACCUAUUCAAUGGUGGGAUGUAUGUAGGCGGUCAGACUGGCCAGAAAGAGAGGACAUUGUUUUAGGUACCACAUCUGAUAGACAAGAUGUAGCAGAAAUAAACCAAACUAAAUCAGGUUCUGAUGGUACUCAUGGAAUGGAGUCUCUAGACUUAAAUGGUGCUGUUGGGGGGGAAAGGAGACUGGAAACUUACUCUGGAAAGCUCAAUGAUAGGUCCCACUGGUACCUCUCUAAUGCAGAGGUGCAAAUAAGUUCUUUGAGAUUACCAAUAUGGCAAAAGUCUAAGAUUUGUUUUUAUACAAUGGGUUGUCCAAGAGUCGAUAGUUUUGCUGAUGGAGAGUUUGAAAUUGAAAAAGUCCCAGUUCAUGAAAUUGAAAUGAGACAGAAGGAAUUAUUGCCUGUUUUUGAGCAGUUCCAUAUCAUCAAAUCAAGCUGGGAUGACAGAGUCCCGGGUGGGAGAUUUCCCAGUCAUUCUUCGUCAGAACCUCAUCAAGCUCAAGACAAGAUCUUGGAAGAGACUGUUAUUUGUCACUCAAAGCCUGCAUCGCUUAGCUCCACGGAAAGCUCAGAUGGGGCAGGUUCGUCAAGAAGAAUUGAGCAUUUCCUCGAUUUUGAUCAAACGAACAAUGAGAAGGCCCGCACAACAGUUUGUCAGAUCUUGAAUGGCCCGGAAAGAAGAGCCAAUACAAUUGUUGAGCCUUCAUUAGAAAACCAUAUAUCUUUCAGCAUUCUGUGUACUCCAUCUGAACAUUUUAAGAACAUCGAUUCUCAAGUUUCCAGUUGUCUCACCAACGGUUUUCCUGUGUUAGAAAGUAAGUUGACCCCAGGAGGAAGAGUUUCUGCUGAAGAAGGCCUGUCUUUAAAAGCAAUUGGGAUCAGUGAGGUCUCAGUUUUAUACUCUGAUCAACAUCCUUCAAGUACCAAUAUUGUGGCAGAGGGGGCUCCCACUUUGCAGCAUCCAAUAGAUCUUUCACAGUUUUUCCAGGAGGAGCAUUGUAACGCAUUGGUGCCGAAUGGAUGCCAUGGGUUAACUGAAGUCAUAACUGAUGAUGUUGACAGUGACAGUAGCCACUGCGAUAAGGUGAAAGCCAUGGAUGAGGAAGAUAGUGAAAUGCUUGGAGGCAUGUUUGCCUUUUCUGAUGAAGGUUGAUGUAUAAAUUAAAGCCGCAUGUUGCCUCUUCCGACAAUCAAUAUGUAAUGCAUAAAGUUAUUUUGUUCCCAAAUUAAGGUGACUUAUCUUCUUUCUCUUGGUAUUGUACAUAUUGUAGAUGGAAAUUAAAUUUUUUUAAUGGAUUGUGGUAGCGGUGGGGAAGGGGGCGAGUCGUAGAAAGUGGAUUUGGAAUUGCUAUUGCUCGCGUUGAACUUUUCACCGAUUCUCUUGUGUAUUGUACAGAUAAAUUUGGUGUGAAACAAGUUCUCUCCAAGUUUGUAUAAUACUUUUAUUCUUCUGUUGUUAUGAAAUGGAAAAAUAAAAUAAAAAGAAAGUGAUCAAGAAAAUAAGUAAAUCGGAAA